UUUAUAUGCUUCGGUAUUAUUAAAUUUAUUUUUCAACAGAUGUUAGUUUUCAAGUUAAAUAAUAAUAAUAUAUUGAAUAGUAUAGAUGAGUGAACCACAGUUGGGUGGUGAAUGUAAUUAAGUGCCCUGAAGAGCCAUCUAGACAACCAGUGCUUGACCUCAGAAACGGGUGAGGUUUUUAGGCUAAAACCAUUGGGCAGGCUUUCUGGAGGAGCAGGUGUUUGUGGAAGCCAAAGCAGGAAGUAGGAUCUGUUUGGAAACUGGGUGCUGCAGCGAACAGGGGAGGUAAGAAAAACAGUGAAGUUGCUGGGUGUUUUCUUUCCAUGUAGGUCUGUUUCCAGACUGUUCUGCUGGGCCUGCCUUCUACCUAUAUUGUCAUAUGCUUAAUAUGUUUCUUUAAGUCAACUUGCUUUUUUAUGUAUGUAAGUCUUUAUAACAGUUUUUUAAAAGCUUUUAUUGUGGUAAAAUAUACGUAACAUAAAAUUUAGCAUUUUAGCCAUUUUUAAGUGUACAAUUCAGUGGCAUUAAAUACAUUUACAAUGUUGUUUAAUCAUCACCACUAUCUAUUUCCAGAAUUUUUUCAUCAUCCCAGAUGGAAACUCUACCCAUUAAACAAUUCCCUAUUCCUCUCUCCCUACUUUGUUUUCUACUUUCUAUUUUUCUUAGUAUUUUCUAUUUUUUUAGUAGCCCCUAUUCUACUUUCUGUGUUUAUGAAUUUACCUAUUCUAGGUACCUCAGAUGGGUGGAAUCAUAUAAUAUUUGUCCUUUUUUAUCUGGCUUAUUUUAUCAAUACUUAGCAUGAUGUGUUUUUUCUGUUUUGUUUUGUUUUGUUUUUGCGGUACGUGGGCCUCUCACUGGUGUGGCCUCUCCCGCUGUGGAGCACAGGCUCCGGACGCACAGGCUCAGCGGCCAUGGCUCACGGGCCUAGCUGCUCCGCAGCAUGUGGGAUCUUCCCAGACCGGGGCACAAACCCGUGUCCCCUGCAUCGGCAGGUGGACUCAACCACUGUGCCACCAGGGAAGCCCUAGCAUGAUGUUUUUAAGGUUCAUCCACUUUGUAGCCUGUGUCAUAACUUGUUUCCUUUUUAUGGCUGAAUAAUAUUCCAUGGUCAGUAUAUACGACACUUUGUUUAUCCAUUUAUCUGUUGAUGGGCCCUGGGGUUGUUUCCACCUUUUGACUGUCGUGAAUAAUGCUGCUAUGAACGUUGGUGUACUAUAUACAUUUAUUUUAAAGGAAACAUUAUAAUACUGUUUUAAGUGGGAAACCAAUAUUGUUUUUAUAAAUAAAUACGAUAAAAACAAAGUGGUACAUUUGCUUGCUGAAGCUUCUGAGGACAAGCCUGUCCUCUUUGUCAAAAAGGGGGAUCAGCAUAUUGGAGAGAGGCUUAACACGGUAGCACCAAACUGACGCGUCUGACUUAAUUGGGAUUGAGAAAGAACCAAAAAGGGCUGACUUUCUCAAUCCGUGGGGUCAGUGGUAUCCAACACACGUUGCUCAAGUACCACCUAAAACCACAUCAGAUCACUUUAGGGGAGAUACCGCCCAAAGGAACCUGGGAUCUUUCUGUGACACUAUUCACUGUAAGGUGGUGUGUGCAUUUCCUGUGGCUUCUGUAACGAAUUACCACAAAUUGGGUGGCUUAAAACAGCAGAGAUUUGUUCUCUCAUAGUUCUAGAGGCCAGAAGUCUGAAAUCAAGGUGUUGGCAGGGCCACACUCCCUCAAGGGAGCGAAUCCAGGCCCUAGGGGAGAAUCCUUCGCUGCCUCUUCCGGCUUCAGGUGGUCCCAGGCAUUCCUUGGUGAUGGCAGCCUAACUCCUGUCUCUGCUUCAGUCUGUCCUCAUGUGCCUUCAUCUCUGUGUCUGUGUGUCCCCUUCUGUCUCUUUUAAGGACACUGUCAUUGGGUUUAGGGCCCACCCUAAUCCAGUAUGAUCUCAGCUGUGAUUCUUCCAUUAAUUCCAUCUGCAAAGACCCUAUUUUCAAAUCAGGUCGCAUUUUGAGGUUCCAGGUCACAUGAAUUGGGAGGAGAGGACACUGUGAACCCACUGCAGGAGGAAGAAAUGUUUCGUCCAAAUAUGUUUUUCCUCCUUUUGCUUCCACCUAUUAUAUUUGAGUCAGGAUAUUCAUUACACAAGGGUAACUUCUUUCAAAAUAUUGGUUCCAUCACCCUAUUUGCUGUUUUUGGUACGGCAAUUUCCGCUUUUGUAGUAGGUGGAGGAAUUUACUUUCUGGGUCAGGCUGAUGUAAUCUCUAAACUCAACAUGACAGACAGUUUUGCAUUUGGCUCCCUAAUAUCUGCUGUUGAUCCAGUGGCUACUAUUGCUAUUUUCAAUGCACUUCAUGUGGACCCGGUGCUCAACAUGCUGGUUUUUGGAGAGAGCAUUCUUAACGAUGCGGUCUCCAUUGUCCUGACCAACACAGCUGAAGGUUUAACAAGAAAAAAUAUGUCAGAUGUCAGUGGGUGGCAAACAUUUUUACAAGCCCUUGGCUACUUCCUCAAAAUGUUCUUUGGCUCAGCAGCACUCGGCACUCUCACUGGCUUAAUCUCUGCAUUAGUGCUAAAGCAUAUUGACUUGAGGAAAACGCCUUCCUUGGAGUUUGGCAUGAUGAUCAUUUUUGCUUAUCUUCCAUAUGGGCUCGCAGAAGGAAUCUCACUCUCAGGCAUUAUGGCCAUCCUGUUCUCAGGCAUCGUGAUGUCUCACUACACACACCAUAACCUGUCCCCAGUCACCCAGAUCCUCAUGCAGCAAACCCUCCGGACUGUGGCCUUCUUGUGUGAAACAUGUGUGUUUGCAUUUCUUGGCCUGUCCAUUUUUAGUUUCCCUCACAAGUUUGAAAUUUCCUUUGUCAUCUGGUGCAUAGUGCUUGUGCUGUUUGGCAGAGCGGUGAACAUUUUCCCUCUCUCCUACCUCCUGAAUUUCUUCCGAGAUCAUAAAAUCACACCAAAGAUGAUGUUCAUCAUGUGGUUCAGCGGCCUGCGGGGGGCCAUCCCCUACGCCCUGAGCCUGCACCUGGACCUGGAGCCCAUGGAGAAGCGGCAGCUCAUCGGCACCACCACCAUCAGCAUCGUGCUCUUCACCAUUCUGCUGCUGGGCGGCAGCACCAUGCCCCUCAUCCGCUUCGCGGACAUCGAGGAUGCCAGGGCGCGCCGCAGGAACAAGAAGGACGUCAACCUCAGCAAGACCGAGAAGAUGGGCAACACCGUAGAGUCGGAGCACCUGUCAGAGCUCACCGAGGAGGAGUACGAAGCCCACUACGUCAGGCGGCAGGACCUCAAAGGCUUCCUGUGGCUGGAUGCCAAGUACCUGAACCCCUUCUUCACGCGGCGGCUGACCCAGGAGGACCUCCACCACGGGCGCAUCCAGAUGAAAACCCUCACCAACAAGUGGUACGAAGAGGUGCGCCAAGGCCCCUCCGGCUCCGAGGACGACGAGCAGGAGCUGCUGUGACCUACCAGGACGCGUGGCUUCCGGGCAGCCGGGGCCGCAGCACUGCCAUCCAGCCUCCCCGCGGCUCCCAGGACGGCCACCCAGCAAGGGCCCCCGAGGCGUGUGCAUGUGGCACUUCUUUGGGGCGGAUGGAAGCAGGGUGACGCACAGGCUACUGUCGUCUUAACCCAGGACCUCCCAGGCCUUUGGAGCCAGCCGGCUGCCCUGAAGCACCCUCUCCCCGCUCCUCACUGGGCUGGACCUCUGCCCUCAGGGUGGCUUCCCAGCCCGCGGAUUGGAGGGACCACCUUUGCAGGUACAUGUUUCCUUCUGCUUCUGUAGCCGGGGAAUAGUCAUCUGUCACGCCAAGGUGCCUGAGAGGAGAAAUCCUGCCAUGGACCCACUGUGCAGGGCGUCCCGGGAGCGUGGUGCGCCGUUGCCGCCAUCCCUGGCCACUGCCUUCAUUACAGGGGCCCUUCCCUGCUGGACGGGUGUCGGUAGCAGCAGGGCGAGAGGCCAGCCGCCGCUUCCCUGUGCGUCAUCAAGGCACCUCCGCCCUCAGCAGCGGUGGUUCUCACUUAAGCAGCAGGCUCAGAGGCCUUGGAAACCUCACACUCCCCUUCGUGAUGUCGCUUGCACUCCCUGAGAAAGAGAAACUGAGUGACCUUUUUCUCUUUACCUCUGAUUGGCACCUCACAGGCUGUCUCCCUGGGCAGCAGGCAGCUACUGCCCUUCUCUGGGAAUACUGUGAAUGUUUACACUGGAACCGAGCACGAGGGCACAGGCACCUCUCUAGAGCCCCAUUGGAAGCCGUAUCCCUGGGUUUUUUGGGGGUGAGUGACCCUAUUCUGUAGGGUCAGAGCACCCUCUAGAGGGAAAGUCUUCAGGGUUUAUGCUGGCCAGCAGCUGCUGUCUUUGAAUUCAGUUUAAAUUCAUGCACUUUUACAAAGUGGUGAGAGCCUAGCAGUCCCUUCCCUGACCUCGAUUCCUUACUCAGCGGUCCUUGUUUGUUCAGAGGCCCCUUCUCCUGGGCUCUGCCCACCGUUUACCUGCUGCACCUUCACUGCUCAUCGGCAUCUUUUUUUUU